AGAAGCCACAUAAUGAGCUGUAGCCAAAGUGAAAUUGAUGCUGGAGACGCUCCGCGUCCCUCUUUUUUGAAAAUUGUGUAAAAAAUCCAUCUAAUUGAAUCAAUAUGCAAGAAAACAGAAUCCAUCAAGUAAUAGAGCUAUGUACUUAGACAAUAAAGAUGACAGCGCAAUCUCUAGAAAAGUAGAUAUGGAGUUGACGCAGGCCUCAGUCCCUCACCAUGUGGAUUUGCUUGGAGACAUGGCAGCAGAACCCAUUUCCAACAACUUCCGUGAGCUGAAGCUGCUGAAGGAAAUGAUGGCUGUUCAGGGAGAACCACAAAAACCCUAUCCAAACAGCAUUCAUGAACCAGACUGUUGCAUUACGCUGGGGAAAGAUUUCAGUCCACUGGCUUUUCAUGGGAGGUACCAUUUUAGUUUGCCCAAAUUCUUCUGCACAAGAUCUAAAGACAGCUCUUUUACAGAAAGAACACCUCUGUUGAAAGUUUCUUCUGAAGAAAAUGGGUUAACAUGCAUGGCUGUUCAUAACACAGAUUUCACCACAGAUGAUGAUUCUUGGGAAAACAGUUCUGCUGAGUUUGAGCAAAGGUUUCAACCAGGAAGUAAAAGGACCAGCUUGUCCAAAUCUGCUACCUCCUCAGAGAAAUGUGAAAUCUUGGACACCUUUCAUGGCAAAUUCAAUUUACAUAAAAUGAGGUGCUGUUUAAGAUUCCUAAAAGUUUCUGGCCUUUUCAUCUUUGUAGUUGUAUGCUCCAUUUUAUUUAGCAUUCAUCCUGAAAGUGGAAUGCUUUGGCAGAUGCUGGCAGUGUCACCGAUGGACAGCUACACAAUAAACUUUACAAAUGCUCAUGAUUCUGCCCUUCUAAAGAUAGAACUAGGAGGGCCGUUUGUAGCGGAUGUGGUUGAUCGGCGACCGGACGAAUUUAUUUUACUUCAGAUUGGCCAAGUAGAAGACUUUGGGCCUAAAAGGAGACAUCAACAGCAGAUCUUACACAACUGGACCUUGCCCUUAAAUUCUAAAAAAAGUGAACAAAUUAUUGUGUCUAGGACCUUUGAGAUGUUUAACAGUAAAGAAAACUACAUAAGUGUUCAGGCUUUUCUUCAGGAAUCACAAAUAGUUCCUCUUUCCAUGACAUAUCGAUACCUUCAUGCAAACGUAGAGACGCAAGUAACGAUUGCAUCAGUCAUCUUAGCAGGUGUUUAUGUGCUGAUCAUAUUUGAGAUUGUUCACAGAACUUUAGCUGCGAUGCUGGGGUCCCUGGCUGCCUUAGCUACACUGGCUGUAAUUGGAGAUAAGCCAAGCCUGGUCAAAGUAGUGGAGUGGAUUGAUUUUGAAACUCUGGCAUUACUUUUUGGAAUGAUGCUUUUAGUUGCAAUCUUCUCAGAAACUGGAUUUUUUGAUUAUUGUGCAGUCAAGGCUUACAGACUGUCUCGAGGCAAGGUGUGGGCGAUGAUUAUCAUUCUUUGCCUUAUUGCUGCAAUCCUUUCAGCCUUUUUGGACAAUGUUACCACCAUGCUGCUCUUUACUCCAGUAACCAUAAGGUUAUGUGAAGUGCUUAAUCUUGACCCCAGACAUGUCCUGAUUGCAGAAGUAAUCUUCACAAAUAUUGGAGGGGCUUCUACAGCUAUUGGAGAUCCACCAAAUGUGAUUAUUGUUUCAAAGCAGGAGUUGAGGAAGGCGGGACUGGACUUUGCAGCAUUUACAGGACACAUGUUUGUUGGAAUUUGUCUCGUUCUUCUGGUCUCCUUUCCUUUCCUGCGGCUUCUCUACUGGAACAAAAAGCUUUACAACAAAGAGCCAAGUGAAAUUGUUGAACUGAAACAUGAAAUCCAUGUAUGGAGACUGACAGCACAACGAAUUAACCCUGCCAGCAGAGAAGAAACUGCUGUUAAGUGUCUUUUAAUGCAAAAAGUUCUUGCACUAGAUAUCUUGCUGAGGAAAAAAUUGACAACAUUUCAUAGACAAAUAUCACAAGAAGAUAAAAACUGGGAAACAAACAUCCAGGAGCUUCAAAAAAAGCACAGAAUAACAGACAAGAUGCUUCUCAUCAAAUGCCUGACUGUUUUGGGAUUUGUCAUUCUCAUGUUCUUUCUCAAUUCAUUUGUUCCAGGCAUUCACUUGGAUCUUGGGUGGAUUGCUAUGUUGGGGGCUAUAUGGCUUCUUGUAUUAGCCAACAUCCAUGAUUUUGAGAUGAUUUUGAACAGAGUGGAAUGGGCAACACUCCUUUUCUUUGCAGCAUUGUUUGUUUUAAUGGAGGCUUUGGCGCACCUUCACUUAAUAGAAUAUAUAGGAGAACAGACUGCUUCGUUAAUAAAGGUGGUACCUGAGGAACAACGCUUGACAGUUGCUAUUAUUUUAGUACUCUGGGUCUCUGCUCUAGCAUCAUCUCUAAUUGACAAUAUUCCAUUCACUGCUACAAUGAUUCCUGUUCUUCUUAACUUGAGUCAAGACCCUGAUGUUAACUUACCUGUGAAGCCUCUGGUUUUUUCACUGGCCAUGGGUGCUUGUCUUGGAGGUAAUGGGACAUUGAUUGGAGCAUCUGCAAAUGUCGUCUGUGCGGGAAUUGCUGAGCAACAUGGUUAUGGCUUCUCCUUCAUGGAAUUUUUCAGGUUGGGUUUCCCAAUGAUGAUCAUGUCCUGUACCAUUGGAAUGUGCUACCUCCUUGUUUCCCAUGUUGUAUUGGGUUGGACCUAAGAAUGCUCGUAUUAAUAUAGCAUAUUCAGUAUGUGUGUAUAUUGAUGACCAAAAGAGACUUUUAAAUCUUUUCUAUACUUUCCAAAGGCCAAAUGAAAGCAAAAACCCUGAAACACACACAAAGAAAGCUCUCACAUUAUUCCAAUAUCAUGCUUCUGUUUCAUGUACAGAAAUACCAUUUUCUGCAUGGAAGUUUCUACAUGGAAAAACAUUGUCUUACAUUUCAGUGCAUGAAGAGGAUCCCCAUUUGGUCUAGAAUUGCAUCCUACUAAAUUAAAUAGAUGCCAUUAUGAAUGGAAGAAAAUAUAUGUUCAUUAUCUGAUUGCAUAUGGAUAUCUAGAUCAGUGCUACUGGGUUUAAAGACUGACAACAAAAAAGACUGAGACACAUGGUCAAAAGUUUUACAGUUUUGAAAGUUUUCUGAAAGUUUUACAGUUUUAGAGUGCAUGGGGAAAACUAUGAUGUGGCUGCUCUAAAAAAUAGAAGCUAGCAUGGCAUGGAUAAAAACUAACCUUAAAGGCCUUUCCCUAUUUUUGUGUAUGCAAUACAGUUGACAAAUGUGAUUGCUAACUUGCAGUCUAAAAAUGAUGAACAAACAAAUGCUAUCAUGAUUCACAUGUUUCAGCUCUUAGCAAUGUCCCUCAUUGUUUUUUCCACAGUAGAAUCAUAUGAUUUGAGCACCCUGAAUAAAGUCUGAGCAUAUGCUUUCCAGGAGUGUGGUAUUCAGCCCAAAAUUGUGAUUGGAGGGCUUCCUCAAAAAGUCUUUUAAUUCUUCCAUUAUUUUACUAUUUACUAUUGUUUCGUGUCAUUUCCUCCCCUCUGCUGCUGCUUUGGGGACUUUUUAAAAAAAUGUUCAGUUCUUAAGUGAUGCCAGCCAGUUGGGGACAAAAUAGUAUAUACUAUGUAGCCAAUCAGAUGCUGGUGUCACUAAUGGCAAAUGUAACAUGUUUAGAGGGAGCACAGCACUUUGCAUAUACAUGGGAAUAUAAAAUCACAUAGGCAAUCACAGCCAUUCAGGGAUUACUCUAAAACAAAAAAAACACUUUCACAGCCUGUUCUCAAUGAACGCUGCAAAUUAUUGAAAGAGAAAGGCCUCAUUCGUUUUUACAGAUUGUAAAAUCUUUGUAAAGCUCAGCCUUAAUUGCUAUGUAUAUAAACACUAACUGAAACAUUAAUAUCACAAGGGACUAUAUCUUCUCCUGAAAUAAUGUACUGCUAUAGUCUGUGAGAUAGUCAUAGAUGAAAAGCUCACUUGCAAAGGCAGAUGUUCAGUAGUUUCUCAUUAGAACUUGCUUUGUCUUUGUCAAUGCAAUUUAGCUAUUUAUAUUAAGGCAUCUGAUAUUCAACCCUGCUUGGUGUGGUAGAUAUGUAAAUAGGCAAGCUGUGCUGCGCAUCAUGAAAUAUAUAACACUGUAUUUUUAAAAUAAAGACAUUAAAAUGGGAUUUGAAAUAAAAACAGUCGUCCCUUUUUAACUGGCUAAUGGCUUUCUACAGAUAUGUGUUUUCAACCGGAAGUAUUAUUCUGCACAUAGAGAUUUAUCUAAAUAAAACAUUUGGGGUAAUUAGCAUGUCAGAAAAAUACCACGGCAGUUUAGCUAGGACUUAAUGUUGGGGGUAUAUAGUAUUUGCAGUAUUUAAGCUAGCCAUGCAUGCAUACAUGUGUUGCUAUUGCUAGGGCCAAAAUAACAAAAUCUUCACCAUUUCUGUACAUUCCUUUGAGAAGAGAGAAUUAUUCAGUGAUUGCAAUUACAGAACCAAGGAGUAAUGACUAUACAGAAUGAAUGGAUCUGGAAUUGAAGUUUGUGUUGUUAUCUCCUUUCCUAACUAAUGUUAUCCAAUUACUGCUUCAGUAGCUGCCACCAUCAAAGAGACAACUGUUAGUUCAGAUUUAAAUACAUUUUCUCUUCAGCCGACAAUACUUAUAACACUAUAAAAUGUUGCUACCAGUAUGGUUCCUUCUUGUAUUCACAUAAUACAUCACUGGACAAUUAUCCAGAGGCUUUUAACAACUUAGAGGAAACCCAAAAUGUGCCUGUAUCCUCUAUCACUACAGUACCAUGUAUGGAAGAUAAGGAACUAGCAAUAUUUUUUGUUUGUUUUGGCUAAUGAGGAUUAUAUUGCAAGUGCAUUCCUUGGUUAUUAUUUGAUAAAUAAACUUUGAAUAAUACUUCAA